CUUAGACAUAUAAACCUACCCACUCACUAUUUAAAGAAAUAAGACAUCUGCAUGUAUGCAUUUUACCUCCCUUCAUCGUUGGAAGUUUCUUAUUUUCUGGAGCUACGAGAUUGAUACAGAUUUGCAAAAGCAAGUAAGCGAUACGAUGAAGCUUAUUACGAAAACAGCGUUUGUUUACUUCACAAGCAAAGGCGGCGAGACAGGCGAGACAACUAGAAGGCUGAGGAUUGAAAGAACAAUAAGUCUAGCAGAUGCAAAGACGCCAACCAAUGAAAUCCCGUUUGCUAUUCUUCAGCGCCAAAUAUCUAGGUUCCUUAGUAAUAUAUCACUUAUGCAAUAUAAUUUCUAGAACUUUUCCAUUGGCAACAUUUCGAUGUUCCAAGCUUCAUGACGCAAACUUAUUUCGCCGAUAUUAUUCACCCUUGACUUAACAAAGGGCAUCCAACCCGGAAAGGAAUUAAUUAAACAUCCCAUCUGUUCCCACACGAUGGCAGAUGAAAAUAGUUCCAACGGCCCAGCAGCAUCCGAUGCUCCCAUCGCCCCAGUCGCCAUCUUCAAGAAACGAGGCGCAAAGGGGAAGGCGAAUAUCAGAAAACGACCAGCAACGCCGCCGCCAGCUAAUAGCGACAGCGACGAUGACUACACUUCAUCCGAAGACGAAGCAGGCCAACGAGUAAAGCGGCGCAAGAAGAACACGGCAGUGGUGACGGCUUCAUCUAAGAACAACAUAACACACGCCGACCAAAAUCUCGGCGCCACUGUAUUCGAAGCCGACCGCAGCGUUCCUAUCACAAGCACAAAUGAUGCUACAAAGCAGACGAAUUGGUUCGACGAAGACGCGAACCUCUUAGGCAAGACGCGACCCCUCCCCAAGUCCAAAGACGCGGGAGGAGCUCCGGCACAACCAGACGGGACCUACAAAGGUCUGGCCAACCAGACCAAGUUCAUACAGAGAAAUCCGGACGCGCCCAACCGGACAGUAGGUCCCAUAAAAGCAGCCACCAACAUCCGAACCAUCACAGUCACCGACUUCGCGCCCGACGUGUGCAAAGACUACAAGCAGACCGGCUUCUGCGGUUUCGGAGACAACUGCAAGUUCCUGCACGCCCGCGAGGACUACAAGCAAGGCUGGCAGCUGGACAGGGAGUGGGAGAACGUGACCAAAGGGAAGAAGAACAUAGGCGGGAAGGCGGUAGCCGGCCGCGGCGCCAACGCCGACGACGACGGCUUCGACGCGACCGAGGAGGCUUUGCUGGAGAAGAUCCCGUUCGCGUGUAUUAUAUGCAAGGGCCCGUACAAGGAACCCAUCGUGACGAGGUGCCAGCACUACUUCUGCCUGCCGUGCGCGCUGCAGAGGUAUAGGAAGGAUCCCAGUUGCGCCAACUGCGGCGCGGGUACGGGAGGCGUGUUUAAUACUGCGAAGACAUUGAGCAAGUUGUUGGAGAAGAAGAAAGACCGCCAAGCGAAAAAGCGGCAGAAGGCUAUUGAGGCAGGAGAGGAAGUACCUGAGGAAGAUGAGCUCGGACAGUGAAGACCCGGAUCCUGAUUACAUGUGCAAUCAGGAUGGUACCGACUAUGGUCUGAACUACUCAACGCUAGGGCACGCCAGAAUGUCAAAGCCAUCGUAUCUAAGUUUGAAAGAUUUGACUACCUCUAGCUUCCGCGCCAAUGACUUGCCACUUAUUCCUCCCUACUAAGCUCAAGUCAGAUCUUGACCACUCAGGCCAGGUAGCUAAUAGGGGCAUAGUUCAACGGGUGGCAUCGCUAGAUAUAGAUAUGUGGAUUAAUAGUAACCACUAGAAGCAUGAGCAUGUGCAGUCACAGGAACUGAUCUACUAUAUAAGUUUGGAACAUUUUCACUCGCGUUUAUUGAUGUGAAACCUACGACUCUUCGCGCGAAGUCUAUAAGUUUAUUCCUAUCCCUUACUUCGAGGGUCUUAAUCACGUCCC